GAUUGGCAAUUCGUUCGAUAAUACAGGAUUUAAUUCGCUUUAUUUGGAUUACGCGUACCACUUCACAAUCGUCUGCUUAAAAACUAAAAAAUCAUAAUAAAACCCCAAAAUAUAUUAAAAUAUAUAAUACAUUAAAAAAGAAAGACCUGCAAAUAUUAAAAAUUAAAUAGUGAAUCAUGUCAAACAACAAUGAAACAUCAGAGAAUAUCUCUUCAACAUCCGGCAGUGAAAAAAAAUAUAAAAAAUACUCUAGAAUCUUUCCGGAAACUGAAGGAGAUGAUAUUGUAAUUUCUGGUAUCUCUGGAAAAUUUCCAAAUUGUCAUAAUACUGCUGAAUAUGAAUAUAAUCUUUACAAUAAGAUUGAUAUGGUUGACGAUGACGAACGCCGUUGGCGUCACUUUAAUCCAGAAAUUCCUAAGAGAUCUGGUAAAAUUUAUGAACUUGAGAAAUUCGAUGCCACUUUCUUUGGCGUGCACUUUAAACAGGCCCAUACUAUGGAUCCUCAAACACGUAUAUUAAUGGAGACGGCUUAUGAAGCAGUCAUUGACGCUGGCAUCAAUCCCAAAAGUUUGAGAGGUACUAAAACUGGAGUCUAUAUUGGUUCAUGUAUUUCGGAAUCAGAAAAAACAUGGUUUUAUGAAAAGGUAUCGUCUGGUGGUUUUGGUAUAACUGGAUGCAGUCGUGCUAUGUUGGCUAAUCGAAUUUCUUAUGCACUUGGCCUGCAAGGUCCCUCAUUUCUUGUGGACACUGCCUGUUCAAGUUCAAUGUAUGCCCUGGAUAAUGCUUUUACCGCACUGCGUAAUGGUGAAAUCGAUGCUGCUAUAAUUGGAGGAGCAAAUCUGUUAUUGCAUCCUUUUGUGACACUGCAGUUUGCCAGACUUGGUGUUUUAGCUGCUGACGGUUUCUGUCGUCCUUUCGAUAAAGAUGCUAGCGGUUAUACUCGUUCGGAAGCCAUUAAUUGUAUGUUCCUGCAGCGCAAGCGUAAUGCCAAGCGUGUAUAUGCAACUGUCGUAUACUCAAAGACUAAUUGCGAUGGUUUUAAACCCGAGGGCAUUACUUAUCCAUCUGGAAAGUUACAAGAACAGUUGUUAAGUGAAUUUUACAAUGAAGUUAACGUAAGUCCCGACGACUUGGGCUAUUUGGAAGCACAUAGUACCGGAACAGUAGUUGGAGAUCCUGAAGAAUGCCGUGCUAUUGACAAUGUGCUAUGCAGUCAACGAACCUCACCGUUAUUAGUAGGUUCUGUUAAGUCGAAUGUUGGUCAUUCUGAAGCUGCUUCGGGAGUCAAUUCAUUAAUAAAGGCAUGUUUUGCUUUUGAAAAUGGAAAGAUUCCUCCUAACAUUAAUUUUGAAGAAAUCAAACCAGAAAUUUCUGCAUUGGCAGAAGGAAGGUUAGUUGUGGUGAAGGAUGUUAUGGACUUGGAAAAACCAUAUAUUGGUAUAAAUUCAUUCGGUUUUGGUGGCGCCAAUGCUCAUGCCUUAUUGAAGGCCUUUGAGAAAACCAAGAUUAAUAAUGGUGUACCGGAAGACGAUAUACCACGUUUAGUAACUUGGGCUGGUAGAAAUGAGCAAUCUGUAAACACAAUUCUGGAUGCCAUUGAAAAACGUCCUUUGGAUGCAGAAUUUAUAGCUCUUUUGCAAAACAUACAAAAUGAUGAAGUUUCUGGCUUGGUUUUUCGUGGUUUUGGUAUUUGUAGUAAAAACGGUCAAGAAGAACCGGCCACAGUUUUGGUAAGAGAUGUUCAGCAUUAUACUGGUAUAAAAAGGCCUAUUGUUUGGGUCUUCAGUGGUAUGGGCUCGCAAUGGUCACAAAUGGGUACAUCCCUAAUGAUUAUUCCUCAAUUUCGACAAUCAAUCGAACGCUGUCAUGCAGCUCUUUUACCAAAGGGCCUCGAUCUCAUUCAUAUAUUGACAUCGGAUGAUCCCACAGUUUUUGAUAACAUUUUGCACUCAUUUGUUGGUAUUGCUGCCAUUCAAAUUGGUUUGGUGGACGUUUUGAGAUCACUUAACUUGGAACCAGAUUAUAUUAUUGGACAUUCGGUGGGCGAACUUGGCUGCGGCUAUGCCGACGGUGGUUUUACUCCUGAACAAAUGAUUCUGGCUUCUUACUAUCGUGGAAAAGUCAGUUUAGAAAUAGAAAAAAUCAAAGGAUCUAUGGCUGCUGUUGGCAUUGGUUUCAAAAAAAUUGUUAAUAUGCUCCCAAGUACAAUUGAAGUAGCCUGCCAUAAUGGCGCCGAUUCAUGUACAAUUUCGGGACCUGCUGACGAUGUAGCCAACUUUGUAUCUGAGCUAAAGUCCAAGGAUAUUUUUGCCAAAGAGGUUCCAUGCUCAAAUAUUGCUUACCAUUCCCGAUAUAUAGCACAUAUGGGACCACAACUGUUAAAAUAUUUGCAACAAACUAUUCCCAACCCAAAACAAAGAUCAACGAAAUGGCUAAGCUCCAGUGUUCCUAAAAAUGAAUGGGAUCAACCUGGGCGCAAUUUAUGCUCCGCGGAGUAUCAUACAAACAACUUAUUAAGCAGCGUUCUCUUUGAGGAAACAUUCGCCCUCUUGCCAAAAAAUGCUUUAACUAUUGAAAUCGCUCCUCAUGGUCUUUUACAAGCAAUUUUAAAACGUUCAAUGCCUGGUGGUAUCCACAUUCCACUUACUCAACGUGGAAAUAAAAAUAAUGGACUUUUCUUCUUAACAGCUCUCGGAAAACUUUUUACAAGUGGAAUUAACUUUCCAGUCCAAAAUCUUUAUCCAAAAGUAGAAUUUCCAGUCUCUCGGGGUACACCCGGUAUUAGUUCUUUAAUACGAUGGGAUCAUAAGGAAGACUGGUUUAUAACAAAAUACGAAAACAUGAAGACAAAAUCAAGUGGAGAACGAGUUUUCACUGUUAAUCUGGGUAGCGAUGAUGAGGAAUACAUGACUGGCCAUGUAAUUGAUGGAAAAAUAUUGGUUCCCGCUACUUGCUAUCUUCAGUAUGUAUGGGAAACGUUUUCUCUUAUGUAUCAUGGACCCAGUUUUAUGGAUGUACCAGUUGAAUUUGAAGAUGUUAAGUUUUUGAGAGCAACAAAUAUAAAUGCAAAGACUAGCGUAGAUUUAACAGUUAUGAUACACUAUGGAACUGGAAACUUUGAGAUUACUGAAUCAGGAGCUUUGGUAGUAACAGGAAGGAUUUCAGAAAUAGAAAAUCCAACAAUUCCAAAAGUGCCCAACUUUAAGGAAACCUCAGAAUUCCCAAUGGUCUCAAAGAAGGACUUUUAUAAGGAGUUAAAGUUGCGUGGUUAUCACUAUAACGGCACUUUCCAAGCUGUGCAGGAGGCGCGAGGUGAUGGACUCUAUGGCAAAGUUGAAUGGAAAUAUAAUUGGGUUACAUUUAUGGAUGCCAUGUUACAAAUACAUAUAUUAGGAACUGAUGCCAGAAGCCUUUUAUUACCUACUCAAAUUCGUAAAUUACGUAUUUAUGGUCUUCAUCACUUUAAUAUAAUGACUACCAUGGAUCCCGAGAAUCGAGUGUUUGACGUAUACGUUGAUCAUGAUUCAAAUAGGAUUGUUGCUGGUGGAAUUGAAUUAAUAGGUCUUCAUGCUAGUCCUGUUCAACGUCGUAAGCCUCCAGGAGUUCCAGUAUUGGAAAAAUACAACUUUUUACCUCAUUUCCCCUCCCCUGUAGUGAGUGAAGCCGAUGCGGCACGUAUUUGUGUUCAGUUGGCUUUAGAGAAUGUACCAACAUUAAAAAUGAAAAUUGUCGAGGUCGACACAGAUGGACGAUUGCCUAUUAUAUCAAACUUUUUAGAUUCAGUGGAAGAUUUACCCGUAAUAACAGGAGAUUAUAUGUUCCUUUCUAGUCAGGCGAUCACUGACAUGCCAGCUGCCAUACAUGUUGAAAAUGGCAAACUUUCCACACAAUCGAACUGUCACUUUAUUAUUGUCGGCGGUUUAGGUGGACAGAUGAACGAGGAAACAAUUAAAGCAGCCAAUAAAUCAUUGUUGGAUAAUGGAUAUUUAGUUGUUCGCGAGCGCACUACCUCAAAUAUAGAAAACUUGGUUAUUCCAGAAAAUUUCAAGAUGUUGGCGGUUAUGCCUCUUGAGAACAAUGAAGAAGUUAUUUUGCUGUUGCAAAAAACAAAGAAAAAUUUCAAUCUCGAACCAUUGGUAAUAGAGGUUAGCGAAUCCGACCAUGAUUUCGAAUGGUUGUCACAAGUUCAGCAUGCCAUUACCAACAAAACACCUGUUGUUCUUUAUGCUUUUAAUGAAAAACUAAACGGUCUCAUUGGCCUAGUGAACUGUUUGAGAAAAGAACCAGAUGGCAACUUAGUUACAGGCUUCUUUAUUGAUGAUUUAAAUGCACCCCCAUUCAGCCUCAGUGAUCCAUUCUAUGGAAAUCAGUAUGCGUUAAGGCUGGCUAUCAAUGUUUAUAAAAAUGGAAAAUGGGGUACAUACCGUCAUUUGCAACUUAAAACCGACGAAAAAUGCAUUGCUCGAGGAGAUCAUGUGUAUGGCAAUGUUAUGCAGCGUGGAGACUUGUCGUCUUUCCGCUGGUUUGAGGGACCAUUUGAUGCCAAAGAGUGUCCCAUUAAGGUUGUGUAUUCAUCAGUCAAUUUCCGUGAUGUAAUGCUGGCCACUGGUCGUUUAGGUGUUGAGUUGUACAGUUCCAGCAGAAUUCAUCAAUCUUGUCUAUUGGGCAUUGAGUUUUCAGGUAUUGAAACAAAGACUGGACGUCGGGUAAUGAGUAUGGUUGCAAGGAGUGGCGUUGCUUCGUAUAUCGAAAAACCUUCCAAGUUAAUAUUCACAGUACCUGAUCAUUGGUCAUUGAAAGAAGCAGCUACGGUGCCUGCAGUUUAUAUCACCGUUUACUACGCUUUCUUUGUGUGUUCCGAUAUACGUAAAGGAAAAAGCAUUCUCAUUCAUGCCGGAACUGGUGGUGUUGGUUUGGCAGCUAUACGCACAGCAUUGGCUUACAAUAUGGAAGUAUUCACUACUUGUAGCACACCGCAGAAGAAGAAAUUCCUUCUUGAAACAUUCCCUCAAUUGAAAGAGUCUCACAUUGGAAAUUCACGAGACACUUCAUUUGAGCAUAUGAUUUCUCGUGAAACGAAUGGCAAGGGUGUAGAUUUUGUGUUGAAUUCACUUGCUGAAGACAAGUUAUUUGCAUCUGUACGUUGCUUGGGCAUGUGUGGUCAUUUCCUCGAAAUCGGUAAAUUUGACAUGGCCAAUGAUAGCAAGCUUGGUAUGAGUUGUUUCCUUAAGGAACUAACUUUCCAUGCCGUUUUGGCUGAUCGUUUGGUAAAUGCGUCUGAUGAAGAAAUCGAUCACUUAAAACAUAUUAUCGAAGUCGACAUAGCAAAGGGCAUUAUCCAACCAUUGCCUGCAAAUGUGUUCCAAGCUCCCCAGAUAGAACAAGCUUUCCGUUUCUUAGUAGGAGGCAAACACAUAGGAAAGGUAAUCAUUCAAGUUCGCGAAGAUGUUGAAUCUGAAAAGACAAUACCAGUUACGGCAUUGAAACAAGUCUAUUUUAAAGAAGACUUGAGCUAUGUAAUACCCGGAGGUUUAGGAGGUUUUGGACUAGAGUUAGCAGAUUGGAUGGUCAUACGCGGAGCUAAAAAUAUUGUAUUAAGCUCAAGUAGAGGAAUUACAAAAGACUAUCAAUCCUAUCGGAUUGCAUUGUGGAAGACAUAUGGAUGCUCAAUAAAGGUUAGUACCAGUGAUAUUACAUCAUAUGAAGGCUGCAAAAAAUUAUUGGAAGAAGCAGAAGAAAUGGCUCCAGUUGGCGGAAUUUUCAAUUUGGCUGUCGUAUUGCGUGAUGGAAUUUUUACAAAUUUGACAAAAGAAUCAUUUAUAGAGAGCUUUGCUCCGAAAGCCAUUGCUACGAAAUAUUUGGAUGAAUUAUCCCGUCAGAAAUGCCCCAAACUGAAGCAUUUUGUUAUUUUCUCCAGUGUGUCAUGUGGUCGCGGAAAUGCUGGUCAAACUAAUUAUGGUAUGGCUAAUUCUAUAAUGGAAAGAAUAGUAGAAGAUCGUGUUGCAAAUGGUUAUCCAGCUAAAGCUGUGCAAUGGGGUGCUGUGGGAGAGGUUGGGCUUGUCGCUGAUAUGGCCGAAGACAAAAUUGAUAUGGAAAUCGGUGGUACUUUACAGCAACGUAUUUCAUCGUGUUUGCAAGAAUUAGACAAACUCUUGUCUGUCCCAGAUGCCAUUGUAGCAAGUAUGGUCGUAGCCGAAAAACGGGCAGGACGAUCGGGUAACGAGAGCAUUGUUGAAACGGUAAUGAAUAUUAUGGGAAUUCGAGAUCUUAAGUCAGUUUCAUUAGGAACUACUUUAUCUGAAAUGGGAAUGGACUCCUUGAUGGCAGUGGAAAUUAAACAGACAUUGGAGCGAGAUUUUGAACUCGUACUAACACCACAAGACUUACGCUCUUUAACAUUCCAGAAACUACAAGAGUUUGCUGAUGCACGUGAACGUGAGAACACGGAUGUAGUAAAAAUGAUUUUUGCUUCUGAAGGAAAAGAACAGGCAAUGGAGCUGUUGUUGCGUAAUCUCGGUGAUGAAGCUUGUUGCGACGAGAUCUUAGUGCAAUUAAACACAGCUGCAGAUUCAUCCAAAAUCAAUAUGCCUCCAACAAUUUUCAUACCGGGCUUGGAAGGUACUGCUGGUCAAGCAUGGUACAAGAUCGGAAGUCAAAUAAUAAGUAGAGCUAAUGUUUUACAACUGCAUAGUUUUGCAGAGAUGACAACUGUAAAAGCAAUUGCAGAAGCAGCCUUUGAACAUGUUAAAUCCGUUUUAACUGCCUCUCAACCAUUUUACAUUAUCGGCUACUCGUUCGGUACGUAUGUUGCUAUUCAAUUGGUUGCCCUUCUUGAAAAGGCCGGAUAUAGGGGUCAACUGUUGCUCAUUGAUGGUGCUCCUCACUUCCUAACUAAACUUACACGCCUUCAAUUGGGUGAAGACUUCACGGAUAAUGAAUUGUACGAUUUAUUACUAUCCCUUAUUUCAAGCCUUAUCUUCCCAGAGGAAACGAAAGAAACAACUGGAUUGGUAUUCCAUAAAAUUCCUACCUUAGAGGGCAAGUUAGAGAAGUUUAUGGAAUAUGUUGCUAAACAAGACCUUUACAGCAAAGAGUACUCUGCUACCAUGGUCAAUGCAAUGUUCAGACGUAUAAAAAUGGCCGCUCACUACGAUCUAAACAAUAUUGAGGAACUGAAAACUCCAAUAACCUUAAUUCGUCCAGCUGAAGUUGCACUUCAAGACAUUGAAGAAGAUUAUUGUCUUACUCGAAUUACUAGUGGAAAGGUCAUAAUGAAGGUAAUCGAAGGCAGCCAUUCCUCCAUGUUGGAUAAUCCAAUACUGCCACAAAUAAUAAAUGACUUUGAUCCCGCUGUGAAAGAUGACAAAAAUUUUGAAGAAUAUAUUCGCGACGGAAAUCCCACUAAAAUAUGUUAAUUCAAAUUUUAGUUACAUAGUUAAAUUAAUUAAGUUUAAAUCAAGAUGAUCAAUCAAUUUAUUAUAUAUUCAAAAAAUAAAUAAGCGGUAUUGUAAAAAAAAUUAAA